AUUCAUUCAUCCAAUCGUAAUUUAAACAAAAACAAUUUUACUUGCAGUGGUUAGUAUUCGACUCUGGUUGUUCGCUCUUACCAUUUUGAAAAAUUACUCACCCUUCCCAUAAAGUGUUAACAAAGUGUAUCGUCGUAUUGACGCAAUUUAUUAAUUUCAAGAAAGAUGGAGUCUAGUUCUAAUACACCAGGUAAUAUUUCCAAGGCGGGACCUGAUCUGCAACAGCUGCCACAACAACAGCCGUUAUAUGUUGAAACUUAUUCGGUGUAUGUGGUGACAUGGAAUGUUGGCAGUCGUUUUCCCGACAAUAUCUCCUUGCGUUCACUUUUGGGUCUUCAAGGUGUUGAUGAGCAGAAUCCACAAGAUUUGCCCGACAUUUACGCUAUUGGUUUGCAGGAAGUUAAUGUUGAACCACAACAACAAAUGCUUGGCCUAUUUAAGGAAGAUCCUUGGACGCACAAAAUAAAGAAAUUACUCCGUGACUACGAUUAUGUGGUAAUUAAAACAGAACAAAUGCAAGGGUUAUUGCUUUCGCUGUUUGUUCGCCGAGUUCAUGUGAAACAUAUGCGUGAUAUUGAACCUGAAUUUACCCGUACCGGUUUUGGUGGUAUGUGGGGGAAUAAAGGUGCUGUUAGCAUACGUUUCUCUUUGUAUGGUUGCGCAAUAACAUUUGUAGUCGCACAUUUGGCUGCCCAUGAUAAGCAUUUAGAUGAGCGCAUCGAGGACUAUGAGCAAAUAAUGGAAAACCAUCACUAUCAUGUACCGCAUUAUCGUGAAAUCUAUGAUCACGAUUAUGUUUUUUGGUUCGGUGAUUUAAAUUUCCGAUUGAUGGGCGAAGAUAGUCCUGCUGAUGUUUUAGCUGCUAUUAAAAAUGAGAAACUAUCUGAACUUAUUGAGCGUGACCAAUUGCUGCACGUGCGUACUAAAUUACAUAAAGCAUUUCACUUAAUGCACGAGCGGCUACCAGCUUUUCCGCCAACAUUUAAAUUUCAUGAAGGAACUUCAAAUUAUGAUUUAAAACGACGCCCUGCUUGGACCGAUCGCAUAUUAUAUGCUCUUCAACCACUCAAUAAACGCCCUGACGAGAGGCUAGCCAUCGAACAAAGGUCAUACAAAUCAUUUCCGGCAUAUAACAUUAGUGAUCACAAACCAGUGAGCAGUGAAUUCAGUGUUAAACUUUAUCCGAACUACCGUGCACCUUGUGUUAACUUCAAAGAUAUCGCAGAGUGGCAAAUUGGUGAAGAAAAUACAGUGGAAUAUGUUAAACCGAAUGACUUCGAAGAACGUAAACACGAUUGGAUCGGUGUAUAUCGCGAGAACUUCGCCAGUUUAAAUGAAUAUAUCGGUUAUGAAUAUGUUAAUCAAGCCGAAUCACCUCCAUCGUCACCCGAUUCGCCUGUAGAUCCCUUCUUUGAUACACCCGGUCCUCAACGUUCGCGCCAUCACCAGCAUCGCAAUCGUGAGCGUUUGCGUCGUCAACAGCUGCAAGACGAAGAAGAUAUUCGACUAGACUUUUCAGAUGACAUCAAUAUGCGUGAUGGAGAGCGUUAUUUGCUAAUAUAUUUCCAAAACACUGGCAUGCGGGGCGUGACCAGUGUAGCUGGUAUGAGUAACAUUUUUCUUGCAGUUAUGCCCAGGGGAAAUGCUAAUUAAUAUUUUUAAAUCUAAAUGUGCAAUUUGUUUAUAUUUCGUGACUUUUUAAAUACGUUUUAGUUUUAAUUACAACAAGGCGAAAGACAUGUAUGUACAUAGAAAAUUUCGAAUUAUGAAUAUCACAAUGAUCAAUUUUAGAAUAAGUAAUACGCAUUUAGAACACGUUUUUAAAACAUUCUAUAGUAUGUAUUAAUGAUAAAAGUACUAACAAUUUACUAACAAUUGAAAUAAAAGUUUUACAGUUUAUAUUUAUGUCAAUGUCAUAUUGUUUUAAAUCAGAUUUAUAUUUUGAUAUAAUACUACUAACCAUAACAGUCUGUUGAAUUGGCUAAUGGAUUGUUUUAUUUGUUAUUAUUCUGCCUAGCACGAUUUUUCAGUUAUCUUAGUUACGUAUGUAUGUAAAUAACUUUAUUGAUUUUUCACUAAAUGUAUAAGCACGUAUGUAUCUCAAAUCAACGAAGCCGUUAUCAGUUUAAAAUUACAAUGAUAAUUCUCUGUUUACUCCUUUCUAUGAAUAAUAAAAGUGUUAGUUUUGUUAAAAAGACCACAUUUAUACCAUUCUAGGUGUAUAUACAUGAGAGUGUCUAUAUGCAGUAACAAAAAUUAAAUUACAAAUCGCGCUAAUUGAAAUAAAUUCAUUUAAGAAAAGAAAAACUAAAGAAAGAAGAAAUUUUGAAUGCGAUUUGAAAAUAUGUUAUAAUGUUUCUUAUUUAAUAAUUCAAAUUAGCAAAAUAUUUUUUGGAACAACUGAAAAAUAAUAGAUAUUUUGUUAUUUUAUAUAAAAAAAUAUUUCCAUUGAGAAUGCCUUUAUUGGGUUUUAUUAGCGUUCAGAGCGCCACCUGUUGUGCAAUAGUCAUUUAUGUACAUUGUGUAUAUUCUCUAAUUAUAUAAUAAAACAAUUUAUUUAAAUAUA